AUGUGGCGGACGCUCUUCGCUGCCAUCGACCUCAAUGGCGACAAUGUCAUUGACUUCGAGGAAUUCUUGACCUUCGUGACACAGCUGAAGCGUGGUGGCGCCGAGGCGAAGCGGCGCCUUUGCUUCCGGCUGUUUGACUCGAAUCAGGAUGGCUUUGCUGAGAAGGCCGACUUCCGUUGCAUCUUGGAGACGAAGCUGGCGGUGCUCAGGCGCCCCUCCUGGCAGACCAGCACCACUGUGGCCUCGAGCGGCACGGAAGCGCCCGACGAGUACAUGCAGUUUUUCAGUCUCUGCGACGAAGAUUCGGAUGGGCGGAUCUGCUACGAGGACUUUGAAACCUACUGCGCAGUUCAUGGUGAAGGGAUCGUGCCUUGGCAAAUGAGCCGACCGAACGUGAGGAUGGAGGCCCAACCAAUGAGGUUCCACUCCGACGUCCAACUCCGACGUCACAAUGGAUUGAGCUGA